GAAGGAGCGUCGACCAAUGGUACGAGCCGCAUCUCGACCCCCGCUACUUUCCGGGGGUGGCGCGUCGCGACGCUCUAUUUGAUUUUGAAUUGCGUGUGAGCGCUCUGUAUAAGCCGCAGAUCAAGCAAUAUUUCCCUCAGUUAUGACUUAUUAGCCAUCAAAUCAACAACCACUCAAGAUAAAUAUUCCAAAGUGUAUACAUGAAUGAAUGAACGAACGAACGUUCAUACCUAUCUAUUAUACACAUUCUUUGGAGUUUCCCGCUUUUAUGAACUUGAUUUAAAAUAUAUUAUCACACAAGAUGUAUUCUUUAUAUAGGGCUUGGCUUUCCAUGGGGCCAUGUGCUAAUGUGCCACCGAUGUUACCAAGUAUGCCUGGGACGAGUACGAGUAUUAUGCCAUUAAACCUGACGACGCCUCCUCAACUAGCGAGCGCACCUGAUGUCAACUUGCAAGUAGGACCAUCGAUGAUCAACUUCUCAGCUCAUAAGGCUGUCCUAUCCGCGCACAGUGGCUUCUUCAAAGCAGCGCUCACAUCAUUAACUGCAGGGAUGGGCCCCAUAGCGGUUCCGAACAUUAACGUGGACGAGUUCUCAUCUCUUCUGACAUUUAUGUACACGGGUUACCUGGAUCUGAACCUGAGCAACAUCUACAACAUUCUCCUCGCCACGCAUAUACUGCACAUGCCGAGGGCACUCGAGAUCUGCCGCUCCUUUCUCAUGCAGAGCCACCCAUUGGAAGGAACGCGUUUGGGUGGUGUGACAAACGUGAUCAAACCGAUUGCCAGCAGGAAACCGAUUUCCGCGCACCAGGAGAUCUGUCCGCCUAUAUUUUCGAGCCUGGAGAAGUCCGAGGAGACGCCCUUCAAAAAAGUUGAAGCGCCUGUGGCCAAAGAGGAAGUGGCUCAUGCGUCGACAUCCAAAGAACCGGAAGCGGAAAAACAGAAGGUGCGAAAGCAUAGACGCGAUAGCGGCAUUGCCGAGAAGGUUACCAUCGACAUAGCCUGCUGCGAUGGACCGGUACGUUUUCAUCGCGUCGUCAAUAGGAACUACGGACUCGCGCCUCCGGAAACGGAUGUGGGUAACCGAGAAGCGGUGAACAGGAGCGACGCUCUGAACAAGAUCAUGAACGAAAACAUCCGCGAUAAAUUAACGGAUGAGAAUUCAGGAGGAGGCGAGGUGUUCACCUGCAUGUAUUGCAAUCACACUUUCAAAUCGCAGUAUUGCUACCAGAAGCACGCCCGAAGACAUUUAAACCCUGUAGAUACAAAACCUCCGGCGGAAACUAAGCGCGAAGUCAAGUUGCUGGACAUGAACGUGCAAUAUUACCCCUGCAAGACUUGCGGUUCAAAAUUUCCUAGUUACUACUUCGUACACAAGCACAGGAAAUUAUGUCACGCCGAAGAAAUGUCUGAUACCACAAACAAGAACAACGAAAUCGUUCAGGUUAAUAACACCAACGUCCCAGCUUGCAGCGACGACAUAACAAAGGACAGCAACAGCGAUGCCCAGACUUCCAGUAUCAUAGACGUAGAGGAAACAGAAUAGUGUCACAAAAGAAAAUCGAAACCGCACGCACCUACUAACCUGUGAUUAGUUAACCUAACUUACUCUAUCAGUAUUAUAGAAUAAUGCAUAUCAUGAUGAAUGCAUGCCGAUUAUAACGGUAAUUAACAAUUUCGUGCCAAUUACACUUAUAUAAUUUUUGUAGGCC